AUAUGGUGAGGAAAAAAUCUUUCUUUUUAAGCUUCUUUUAUUCUAAAGUGAGUCUACUGUGUGGAAACUUCAGUUUUUUUAGACUUGCAAGUUUGUUCCUUAAUUUUAGCUACACAUCUAGAUUCUUCAGCAACAGAGCCGGUGGGUACCGGUGCGCGUGCCCGCGGCCUGUGGGUGGUCCAGAAUAACGGAGCCAAAGAUCAUCAUCACUAUCAUCCUCCUCAUCCUCAUUCCUCAUCCCGGAGGAGAGGCCCAGAGUGAAUGCAUGCCCGACACGACACGACACGACACGACUCGCCCGGAGCGGAGAGAUGGGUUUACGAGCCUGAUCUCAAGCGCGUGCGAUCCAGAGGUUCGGCUGCGUGACUCCAGAAACACGCGCGUGUGAAACUGAAGCGCAUGCCUCCCAUCAGGACACCGACUCUCGGAACCAAGUCAAGCCGUGGAGCAGACGACCUAAAUCUCUCGGGUUCACCGAUCGACUCCGUCCGCUACAUGUGACCGAACCGAACCGAGCCUCCCAAGCUUCACCAGCUGGCUGCGCGUUAGCACGGCGGGACAGUACAGUAUGGCUCCCCAUCUGGACACGGCCCGCAAAUUGUUCUGGAUCUUAAUGAAGUCGCUGCUCCGUUUCACCUUCAUGUUUGUGAAUAACUGUGUGGCGAUCCCGUCCUACUGUCUCUACCUGAUAGUCCUGCAGCCUUUAAGACUCGUAGAUGCCCCCACAUACUGGCACAUCGAGGGGGUCAUGUUCAGGUGGUUACUGGCGAUGGUGGCGUCUUGGGGCUGGUGUGCGGGUUACACAGUGACAGAAUGGGGUGAUGAUGUGAGACCAAUGUCUGAAGAUGAAGCCAUGGUCAUAGUCAACCAUCAAUCUACAGGAGACGUGUGCACCCUAAUGAUGUGCUUGCAGGACAAGGGCACGGUUGUACGAAAGAUGCUCUGGUUGAUGGAUCAUGUUUUUAAAUAUACCAAUUUUGGGGUUGUGUCCCUGAUUCAUGGAGAUUUCUUCAUCAGACAGGGCAAAGCUUAUCGAGAAAUGCAACUAGUUUACCUGAAGGAUCACCUAGACAAGUAUUACUACAGCAGAGACAGGAAAUGGAUUGUGCUGUUUCCUGAGGGCGGCUUCCUAAGAAAGAGGCGAGAGACAAGUCAGUCCUUUGCCAAAAAGAACGACUUGCCUUCCUUGACUCAUGUAACACUGCCGCGACUGGGCGCCACACAGAUCAUCCUGAAGACCUUAGGACCCCAGCAGGAAAACGGCAUCUUGGGAACAGAGGGAAGCCCACACAGUCAAAGUAACAAAGCAAAAGGACUAAAGUGGAUAAUAGAUGUGACCAUAGCCUACCCUAAUGCAAGGCCCAUGGACAUUCAGACAUGGAUUUUUGGUUACAGAGAUCCAACAGUAACACAUGUACACUACAGGACAUACCCCAUAAAGGACGUCCCGGUAGAAAAAGAAGCGCUGACGGAUUGGUUAUAUCAGCGGUUUGUGGAGAAGGAGAAACUUCUGGCUCAUUUCUACAAGACAGGAGCAUUCCCUCCACUAGAAGGCCAAAAAGAGUUGGUCUCCCGAAACAUGACCCUUGACAACACUUGGCUGUUUCUUGUCCAAACGUUGGCCUAUGCCUCAGGCUACAUGUGGUACAGCAUUCUACAUCACAUCUACUGCCGGUUCUUCUGAGCGCUCUGAGGAGAGCGCAGCGUGCAGGAUGGAGGAGCGAAUGCCAGAGACCAUGAGCCCUGAUUGCUGUCUCCUCUGCCGGAUGGUUGAAUGUACCCCGCAGGACGACUCCAGUUGCUGUAUCCGAUCGCGGUCCAGACACCUCCACCCAGACCCAGACAUGCGUUUAUCCUUUAGAUUUGCGUAGAACCAGUUCAACAUGUUUACACAUGCGCGCUCACAUGCAGAGAGAAGAUUAUGCACAUCUAAAUGUUUACUCAUGCACAUGUGGACACACCUCUUUAGUUUUUUUUUACUUUGUUUUUACUUACAAUCAAAAUUAGGCUCAGGAAUAAGCCAGAGAUAGAUCUGUCACGUCCUCUUAUUUCUCUCAUGUCCUGCCACGUGAGCUUUACCCCUCUUUUUAUCGUUAACUCCCAAACAAGAUGACUUAAAUAUUUUUCAGAGACCGCUGUCCUCUUUUGAAGAGCCUCCUCUGGCCUUCAUUGCACUAUGAAUCCUUCUCGCCCCCCGACGGAAGAGCCUCGGUUGUGUGCUGCCCUCAUGUAAUUUCUUCCUCAUGGCCGUGUCUCGUCUGUUUUCUGUGUGUAUUAUCAGUAUUGAGAGACGGUAGAAUGAUUGUGAUGUUUACACUGACUGAAGGGGGAUUUGGUUUUGAUGACGAAUUUCCAAGACGCACCUGGUUCUUGUUUUAAAACAAGGAGAACUUUACACAAUCAACGCCAUACAGACACAUCCAAGCGCACCACAUGACUGCCACACGAGCGAUUCCAUAGGACAAACACCCCUCACUUCCAAAGUUUGGCAAAUAUUAAGCCAUAUGCUUAUCUUCGGGUCAAAAGGGGACGGACAUUCUACUGACUGAACUUUUGUGUUUGUUAAUUGUCCUAAAAAGAUUUCAAUUUGAGUUUUGGGUCUCAUUUCGGUAAAUGUGACAGCAUAACCUGCCUGUGUGAUUGUGUGCGACUGCCCGUUGCUUUUUUUCUAUUUUUUAGAUGCACAUAAUGUCUGGUAGCUUCAUGUUAUAUCAGAGUGUUGGCAAAUAUCUGUUUAAUAGUUGAGAUUUUACGUUCUUUUCCCUCAUUCUGUGGUUAAUCUUUGUACAGAAAGGAGUCUGAGCUGCGGUCGCUUUCGACGUUUUUACUUCUGAAAUAUCAUGAAUGUUUAAGUAAGAUGGAGAGGAAGGAGUAAGGAGCUUCUGUCCCGGCAGGUGCUUACGUUUCUCUCAGUAUCUGAGCAUCACCUCGUCUGCCAUUUGCUGUCUUCUGCGGCGAUCGCGUGGGCGCAUUUCUGUUCAUCAAAAGAAACAGUCUUAAAACUGCUGCCACGCUGAAGGGAUCAGAGGCAUAGAUAUUUUAGGAUAGCUUUAGACUAUCUUGAGGAAAAUAGAAACGUUCUCCUCGAGCUCGAAACAAAAUUGCGAUUUUCAUGUGUAAAAUUGGAUCUGUUUGUGUGUGUCGGAGGGGAAGAAUGCGUGCUCGAGUCCGUCUACGGGUUCUCAUCAUGUCGAAAGGAAAUAUGGGCGAGGUCCAGCAAUAAUGUACUCAAAAAUAAACGCCCAUGUUGUGGCGUUCUAAAGAAACGAUGCUUAGAUGUACAAAUUAGACAUUUGUAGAUGAAAACAUUGUCAUUUGCCCCCUUAACCGAAGCCAUGCCAUCUGUGAAAGUGAACUUUGUUUGUUUCUGUAGCCUGCCAGAUUGAAAUGUGAAUGAUGCCAGAAGACUUAAGCCAAGUUAGAUGCGGACUGCAUUCAGAGCAGGCUACAUCACCACGAACUUCACCGCGAGGAUCUCAGACGCCGGGUUCCUUGACUCGUUCUCGCUGUCUGUCAGAUUGAGACGUAACAUUGUUUUCUUAAGUAUGGUUUUGUUUUUAAAAAAAACGCGUGAGAUCUAUAUAUUAGCAAUUUAACCAAAUUUCAAUAGAAUGGUCCAUAAUUUUCAUUUUGUACUCCUGUUUCUCUUCCUAGCUACCCAACCAUUUUACAACACACAGAUUAAUUGUGCUGGAAUAAACAUCAUGCGCAGCAGUGA